GUUGGCUAUGAGUAAAUGGUUCCUUUUAUGUCGAACAGAUACAGUAAGAGAGUUGGAUUUUUAGGCAGAGCUGAUUCUGUUCGAGUCCAUGCCAAGGGAGGAGACAACAACGAUAACAACAACAGUAAAAGCAUCGACAAGAGGAAGAAAGUUGUUGUGGUUGGCUCGGGGUGGGCUGGUCUCGGUGCUGCUCACCACCUCUGCAAUCAGGGAUUUGAUGUUACAGUUGUUGAUGGAGGUGGUGGUAUUGUCAGUCCAGAUAAUCUCGGCAUCCAAGGGUUUUGGUAUCCGUAUAAAAAUAUUUAGUCUUGUUGAUGAGUUGGAUUUAAAGCCCUUUACUUGCUGGACAAUAUCUGCACAGUGUUCAGCUGAAGGAUUGGAGAUAUUUACCAGGAAGUCUGCAGGUUGAAUAUCAUU